AUGGCUUUGGAUGCAUUCAUAUCACUCAAGCUCACCAUCGACGACCUCAUAAACAAUCCUGUCUCGCUGGCUCCCCAAACUCAUCAAAUUUUGGAAUUCGCAUACCACCAACUCCACUCCUCUCAACAAAUCGCCAGGAAAUUGCUCUUGCGCACCACCACCAGUUUGGAUCUCCAAAUCAAAGUCGCAGUAUCCAAAUUACUACACACAAUUCGAUCAUUGAAGACCAAGCACGCGCCUUCUGGAAGCAGCGUGCGCUACAUCGAAUUCUCCGCAGAGGAGAUGAUUGGUUUCUUCGACCAUUACAAACAACUCAAAUACCAUCUCACUCGUCCAGAAUCUCACAUUUCACCCAUAGUUUUGGUCCUCGUUGGAAUGGCAGGCAUCGGCAAGACAACACUUGCUUCACAAAUUUUCGAAGAUUCAGAUAUCGUGGAACACUACGAUCUUCGCGCGUGGGUGAAAAUUGGGGGAAAAUGUCAAUUAAAAGAGAUCCCGCGGCGCAUUCUAGCUAAGCUGAAUCCCGAUCUGACCGAUCGAUUCCUCUCGGAAGGUGAAGAUCACGAAAUUGCUCGGUGCCUGCGUGAGAAUCUGAAGGGAAAUGGAAGUCGAGUGUUGCUCACAACCAGGCUGCAGCAAGCAGUUGAACACGAUGGUAAAUUUCCUGAUUAUGUCUCGAAGGUUGGGAGCUUCUGCGUGAGAACGUGUUUGGUGAAGAGCUAUGCACUUAUCAAUUUGAGACUUAUGAUUGUUGAGGUUGCAGAGCUCUUGUCUUCGAAGGAGAGGACGUUGCACUAUUGGAACGAAGUUGCAGCAAUGAAAAAUCACCAGCUUUUCAUGGAUGCUUAUGAUGGAAUAUCAAAGAUACUGUAUUCAAGCUAUGAGAAUUUGACUGACUUGCUAAAACUAUGUUUUCUGUAUAUGGGAGUAUUUCCUCAAAUUUACGAGAUUCCUCGAGCUAAGCUGAUCAAUAUGUGGAGUGUAGAUGGAUUUCUUGAAGAAAAAGCACAUGAAUCCCAAUCUUUUAGUGCAAUAGAAUGUUUAAAUGAGCUUGUUGCAAAUACUUUGGUUAUGAUAUAUCAAAGCAGUCUAUCUCCGGAUUCAAUUGGUGAUGAGCAUAUAAAAACUUGUGGCCUUCAUUCUUCGUUGUGGCACUUGUGUAACGGAGAAGGUAGGGAGACAAAAUUCUGUCGCGUCUUAAACGUUCUUGGUGAUGGUUUAGGAGGAGAUACAGAGGGGCAGAGUAGAUUGUCCUUCCACAACAAUGUUUUGUUUAGCAUCAAAGAUGUAUGUGAGUCAGUGGAGGUUCGUUGUGCGUCAACUGCGCGUUCGCUUCUUUGUUAUGGUCCUUAUCAUCAAUAUCCAGUUCCCAUAUGCUCUGGUUUGAAGUUGCUGAGAGAGUUGGAUGCUCUUACAAUCCGUUUCUAUGAGUUCCCAUUGGAGAGGGCUGUCAUAUUUGCCAGUGGAGAUAUGGAACAUGAAGGAGAUGAAACAUAUUGCAUGGAUAGUAACAUACCAAAUCCUUGCGGGGCUUCACUGGAAAGUUUACUCACACUUUCAAAUGUGAGUGCUCAUAGUUGCAGUGAGGAGGUUUUUAGAGCAGUUCCCAACUUGGAGAAACUCGGAAUUCGAAUUGAAUUAGCAUAUGAUGAUGAUGUUAAACUAUUGAGCUCCCUCGAUCGAGUUUCCUGUCUCAAAAAACUGAGAUCGCUCAAAUGUGUGGUAGUGAGUUCUGAGAUAGUUCCUCCUCCUGCUCCUCCAUUUCCAAAAUUCCCAUCAAAUUUGACGAAGCUGAGUUUGAGUGGGUUGGGAUAUCCGUGGGAGGAAAUGAGCAAGAUCGCGUCUUACAGUGCUCAAGCUGCGAAACUAUGCGUUUCAAGGGGUUAA